AUCCAAUAAUAGGUAUACUCUCUCUCUCUCUCUCUCAAGUUUCUUCCUUUUGUGCUAUGUAUUAGAAAGAAAAGAAAUCCAAGGGGAGGAGGCAUCUCAGGAAAAAGGGUAUAGCAGGCUAGCAGCAGCCAUAGAGAGGCGGGGAGGAAAAGUUGAGGAGGAGGCAAUCUUAACUGUGUUUAGCGAGAGAUAGAGACAGAUAGAGGACGGGGUCUUCGUGAAGAAGAAGAAGAAGAACGAGAUGACGGAGGUGAUAGUGCACAUAUACGACGUCACUAAUAGUGGAUCGGACAAGACCAAUAACACCAUUCUUCACAUCAACAAGAUCUUCAAAGACGGUAUUGGCCUCGGUGGUAUUUUCCACAGCGCUGUCCAGGUUUAUGGAGAGGACGAAUGGUCAUUUGGUUUCUGCGAACAAGGAACUGGUGUUUUCAGUUGCCCUUCUGGGAAGAAUCCAAUGUACACUUAUCGUGAAUGCAUUGUUCUUGGACAAACAAGCUUUUCAAUCUUCAAGGUAAAUCAGAUCUUAAGGGAACUUAGUCGAGAGUGGCCUGGGAGUUCAUAUGACUUGUUGUCAAAAAACUGUAAUCACUUCUGUGAUGAGUUCUGUGAGAGACUUGGAGUGCCAAAACUUCCAGGUUGGGUUAAUCGUUUUGCCAACGCUGGUGACACUGCCAUGGAAGUUGCAGGAAAUACAGCUAUACGGUUCAGGCAAGCUAAGACAGAGAUAGUGUCAGCAAGCAAAGUGGCAUACCGUUUCCUGGCAGGUGUUGCUAACAACGCCACAGGUUCUUCCGAGUCCACUGGGAAUUCUAACAGAGGCACUCCGAGAUUUCAAGCUACUUGGUUUAAAAACCUCAUUACUACUGGUGCAAAACCAUCUAGUAGCUCAGAAAUUGAGAAUCAGGAUGUGGAUGGAGAUCGGCAGCCACAGCAACAGGGUGCUGGGCAACCUCUACGGCACAACUCACAGCCAUGGCAUGAUAUGUGAAUGGCUGUGAGCCAUUGAAACCAUGCAAAGGCUGUUGACAUGUUAUUCGUUUUGUACAAUGUAACAUUACCAUUUGUUGAUCGAUUAGAUUCUUCCAAUCAUAUGCCCCCAAAGAACUGAAGCACAUUUUACACAUUAUUCGUCUUAUAGUGAUUGAGAGCAACCCCUUCUCACUUGUGUCGUGUGCUUCCCAUCAGUGUACAUUGUGUUGGAUUCAAUAUUUUGGUUUGCA